AUGGCAUCUUCAUCAUUUAACCCAAUUGUAGUUCAGUUAAUAUGGGAUGAUUGUGUAUCAUUCGUAAAUGGGAUCCUUCAAAAUGCAGAUCCAUCGAAAAGAAGAAGUUUUCCUGUUUUUCACGUAAUGACUUAUUCUGAAAUUUGUGAUAUCACUUACAGUUGUUUUGGUGUUUCAAAACAAAAGUUCAAACUGCAAUUAUAUUUAUGGUAUGAAUUUAAGGGUGUUCCUUUUAGAAGUUUAAUUACGGGGAGUAACCAGCCACAAUAUCAAAAAGAUGAUGAACAUAACGAAGAUGAUGAAGACAAUGACGAUGAUGAAGAUGACAAUGAAGAUGAUGAACAUGUUCAAGAUGAUGAAAUUGACCCAGUGGGUUUUGGAUCAAGUGACGAGGCACCUUAUACAAGCGAUGAUACCAUCGACGAAUAUAGCGUUGAUGGGGAUGUAUCUGGAGAUGAAGAAGAAAAAGGGACCCAUGCACAAGGUCAUUUGGAGCAUGAACAACAUCUUAAUCUUGUCGAUGAUAAUGAAGAUCGUCUAAUGCCAUUCAAUGAAGUUCAAGAAGAUGUGGCUUUGGAACAUAAGAGAAAACAGAGAACUUAUUGUUAUGGAUACGAGGCCAAUGUUUUGGAAAGCACAAUGCAUGACCAGGGGGAAGAAUUAUCAUGGUGUUACACUGUUAUGGACCGGGUCCCGUGUAGGUGGGUUGUAGUUGGAUCUAGGAGAAACAGUUUAGGAUUGUUUCAGAUCACAAAGUGGGUGGAGAGUCACAAUUGCUAUGGAGAAGUGAUAUCUAACAACAACCGAUGUAUGACAACAAGUAUGAUUGGUUCUGAAAUUUUGUCUAACGUGCGGGAGGAUUUAACUUAUAAAGUCAGACAGAUCCAGGCUCAAAUAAAAACAACUAUCAAUGUCGAUGUGAGCUACGCCAAGGCGUGGAAUGCAUGCGCAAGAAGGAUAGCAAUUGAAAGGUUGUAUGGAACUUGGUCGAGUAACUUUGAUGCAUUGCCCAGGUAUAUUGCUGAAUUACAACGUGCUAAUCCGGACACUGUUGUGGAAUGGCUCCAUUCUCCAACCAGUUCAAGCCAUAUACAAACAUUCAAGUUUGUAUUUUGGGCAUUUGGACCGGCAAUUAGGGCAUUCCAACAUUGUAUUCCAGUGAUCUUUGUCGAUGGCACUCAUUUGAAAGGCAGCUACAAGGGUAAGUUGCUAAGUGUAGUGACGAAGAACGCCAAUGGACAAUUAUUGCCAGUUGCUUUUGCCUUGGUUGAUGAAGAGUCUAAUGAAAGUUGGGGAUGGUUUUUAAAUCUUUUUCAAGAGCAUGUCGGAUCUCAGUGGCAGGGUGAUUUGUGUAUCAUUUCAGACCGUCACCAAGGCAUACUUAAUGCAAUGAACCAAAUUGACGGGUGUUUGAGGCACGUUUGUAGCAAUGUCAAUUCACACUUCAAGAACAAGAGAAUCAAAAUUUUGGCUUGGGUAAUCUGUUCCACAUCCCAACCAUCCAAGUAUUCUUGGGCGGUGAAUCAAGUCAAAGGUGAAGAUGAUGUUGUUUGGCCGUAUUAG